AUGUGCGCACUUGCGGCCAACAUGGUGCUCGAUGCCGAGGCUCCGGCGGAUGACUUUUUUCGGGAAGUGGAGGGCAGUCCCUACGCGGAAGCGGAAGCAAACGGCGAGCCGGCGACUCCAGCAGAAGCGGACGCCGCAUCCUCGGUUGCCGCCUCCUUUCAAGGGGGCCAGGGGGCGGCCCGAAACGAUUCUCUUUCACCCGUAGCAGAGAAGGAGGGUGACGGUCUGCGAGCACGUCCGCUGUGGACGCAACGGGUGGUGCGUACAGCUCCCGCUGCGCCCCCGCCACCUCCAGCCGGUGAUGCCCCGUCGGCGCUACAAAAAGAGGUGUCGACCAUCCUGGCUCAAAUGACGGCGGCGCUGUCAGCCAGCUCCCCUCAGGAGAACCACAAAGAGGGCGAUCAGCAAAGGGAGGAGGAGGAGAAAGGGGAUCCGGCCGCAGCGGCAGAGAACGCGCACCCUGCAGAUAAUCGCAACACCGGCGAUGCUACAGGAGAGAAGCGCAAGAAAGGAAACUCCUCAAAGCACCACCGGGAUUCAAAAGACGGCACCUCUCGCCGUCACGGGCACGCACAUCACGGAAAGCACCGAAGCCAUCGCAGAGCGGCUGAUGGGCCACAUGAGGGCGAAGCGGAGAACGUGACGGAUGACGGAAGCUUUGAGCUUGUUGUGACGUGA